AUGGAAUAUCAGAAUCUUCUCUUGGGGCUCCUUCUCUGCUGCACUUUGCUUACAACAAGCUAUUCUUACAUGAUAUUUGAGGAAAAGCAGAACACAGAUACUGCUGUGGGGAACAACAGAAUGAAGCUCCCAGAUCUGCCACCUAUCUCUAUAGUAGAUUUAACCAAAGCUUCCAAGAAGAUCAGCAGGAAAGAGGCUGAAAAAAGGAAAUCUAUGAAGAGAAAGAACCGACAAAAAAAGCAUCCCCAGCUGAAACCAUCACCUCCGCCUAACUGUGUGCCUACCUGGUCAAGCUGCAAACCUCCCUCUCGGCCAUGCUGUGACUUCUGUGCCUUCUGCCAUUGCCGGUUAUUUCAGACAGUCUGCUACUGCCGAGUGGGAAACCCAAACUGCUAAACUAAAACCAGAAAUGCCACUGGGACUCUGGCUCUUAUUAGACUCCACGGUGUAUCUUCUGACCCUGU